AGUUCUUCUUAUGACACUGUCGUUCAGUGUGAGAGCUGUCGAAGGCCUCGCGGGUCGCACCAAUUACGUAUAUCAUCGGAAAGGCUUGGGGAAGAGGGUCCAAGUGUGGUUCCUCGGUGACAUAUCGACAUUCGCUGGCGGCUUCAAGUCUCGACCGAGUGGAGAUGUACGUAACGACUAUCGCUACAGCAUGGACGGUGUUGCAUGGGUCAUCAGCAGUCUCGUGCCACAGGACGUUGAUUUGAUUCUAAUUCGGCCGCACUUACUGACCGACUCUGUUUACGCCAUCUAUUCAAAUUUCACUCUAGUAGAUGCUCACGGUUCUCCACGUUGGAAGGACAUGCGGGAGUAUCCGGAAAUAGCUCCCGAUGGGGCAGCUCACUUGAAGCAGCUCUUGAGCAAUGUUCUCGAGGAUAAGUUAGAUGCGUCAAAGGGCAUCAGCCUGUACAGUUUCAGUAAGGGCUGCAUUGUGCUGGCGUCGCUCAUGAAGAGCGGCUUUGCUGGGCUACCUAUAAGAAGGUUAACAUUCAUCGAUCCUGGCCUCAAUAGAGCUGAUGAAAUCUUCCCCAUCACACGUGAAGAACUGAAGGCUAUGGAUAAGAGUAUUAUCAUUGAAGUACAUUCGACACCGAGGCAAACGAAGGAUCCGGAUCGACCUUGGAUAAAAUUCGAAAUCGAGGAAUUUGUGAAGGAAUGCAACUUGUGCAGUAUUGAGGCACAUCAUAUUGAGCACUUCAAGAACGUAACGGUUAUGGGGCCAGCUAAUGCACUCGACAUGCACUUCGAUGCUAUCCCAGCUGCUCUUGGGAGCACGAAGGCUCGAGGCUACUUUGGAAAAUGGGCUGCUGGCCUGUCGUUUGAUACUGUGCGACCGAUUGUCAAUGAACCACAUUUCUAUCGAUAA